AACACUUUGUUAUCUUAUCGCGACGAGGUUUCUUGCAAAUGUGUAACAAAAACACACGAAAAAAUCGCCUUUAGUUGAACGUUAGUCAUCAUAAUGCACAGUAAGAUAAAUUUUUGUCGUCGAACGGAUGUGAAAAAAGUAAAAGUGAAAUUAUUUUGGACCUAAAAAUGUUGCUGAACGAAUUUUUCAUCAUAAUUACGGCACAAUUUGUCAUUUCAAACACAAUGGGAUACGAGUUAAUGGGCGAUACAAUUCCCGUUCCUUGCACUUACACGUCAAAUCACGUUGUUUUGUCAUGUAAUUGUAAUUUCGCGAAACAAAUAAUGGAAAUGUCGCCGCAUAAUGGAAGUAUUCAUUACCUUCAGAUCAGCAAUUGUGAUACUCUCAUUCUACGUCCCUCGAUUUUCGCACAAAUUCUGGAUUUAAAAUGGAUUCGUUUGUUCAAUAUACGAAAUUUGGAGCUCGGCGAGAAGUCUUUUCACAUCAAAAAUGAACCAAUUGAGAUAAAAUUCGAUAAUGUUUAUGUGAAAUCUGUUCCAAGCUAUGCUUUUAUCGGUCAAAUCGAGGAGUUACAUUUCAAUAAUUGCACAAUUGAUGAAUUUCGGGAGUAUGCAGUUUCAGGAAUUGCAACUCGAAUGAGUAAAAUUUCCUUAAAAGACACUCGAGUGAAAAUUAUCAAGCCACAAGCCUUUAAAAAGAUCUCAGUUGAAAAUGUAAUGAUCGAAAAUACAAAUUUUGAAGCUGAUUUGCCAUCAAAAGCUUUUUAUAACAUCGAAAUAAUCGACACCUUGACAAUUCAACAUACGAAUUUUCAAAGUUUGUAUCCGGGGAGUGUUGGAAUCAGCAAAGUUGCCAUCAUGAGAGUUUGGAAUAACGCGUUUCACGUCGUUGAAGCUGAAGCAUUCAAUGUAACGGUCAAGACGAGCUUCGAUAUGGAACAUAACAACUUUACAGCGAUUCACAAGGAUGCCCUGAAGAACGUCGUUGCUGAUAAUGUGAUUACUGUUUGGGAGAAAAUUCAUCAACCGAGAUUUUUGUUUAAAAAUAACUCCAUUGAGAACAUUGCAGCUGAUUGGAGUAUCUCUCCUUCGAGUAAUUUCAAUGCGAAAAUUGUCGAAAUCCAAAUUCAACAACCGAAAACUUGUGAUUUUGUCUUUAAUGCUGCCGAAAAUGAUUUUAUCAAGAACAUUUCGCACGAAAUCUUUGUUCGAACAGUUGCUGAUCCGAAAAAUGUUCUCGCUUUGAGUCAAUUUGAAGCGGAAAGUUGUCAAAAUAAUUCGUAUGUCGUUUAUGGAAUUGUUGGAGCUGUUCUUAUUGUCAUUGGAUUGAUUGUUGUUGUAAUUUUUGUCGUUUUGUACUUCCAUCGGGAGAAAAAGAAGAUAAUUCAAGCAAGGAUGGUAUCGCCUGAGCCGAGAACGUAUCGUGAAACGCAAAUUGUUAUGCAAGUCGAGACACACAAUCUUAUGAAGACUGACUUUUGAACAACUUUUCGCCGCUUGAAACUCAUAAAAGUUAAUAAAUUAAUGAUUUUUUUCAAUAAAUUUCCUGUUGUUCGAUAAUGUUAAGACAAUCUGCUGCCAUAAACGAUGAUUAAUUUAUCACACAUUAUUAUUGAUGUUGUAAUUUAGACGCCGUGCACAAAAAAUGCAUUGAAAAAUUAUGAAAAUGAUAAAAAUUGCUCAAAGCGCUUUUCAUAAGAAUUUUUAUUUAAAUUAGUUGUUGGAGCGCAUUUAUCGAUAAUUUAUUAAAAAUUUUUAAUAGUUUAAAAAAAUGUAAA